AUGGUUAAGGGUUCAAUUCAAGCCAACCCAGCAAGUGAGUCCUUUGAAGCUCAAGCUCACUUGUAUAAACACAUUUUCAGCCACAUUAAUGGUGCAAUUCUUAAGUGUGCUGUUCAGCUAAGAAUUCCAGACAUAAUCCAUAGCCAUGGCCAACCCCUUACUAUUCCUCAAUUAGCCUCCAAACUUGAAGUUCAUCCAACUAAAACUGCCUCUAUUGAGAGGCUUGUUCGCUUACUGGUGCACAAUGGUUUCUUAGCACAAACCAAGGUGAACGAGGAGGAAGAAGAAGAAAAAGAGGCAUAUUCUCUCACUCCAUCUUCUAAACUACUCAUCAAUGGCUUGGAACCUAACCUAGCACCAAUGGUGUUAGGGUGUCUCGACACUGGUCUCAUGGCUUCGUUUGAUUUUCUGGGAAGGUGGUUUAAAGGGGAGGAGAAGACGAUAGUUGAGAGUGCCUUUGGGUUAGGGUUUUGGGAUCUGCUCGAACAUGAUCAUCAAUAUAUGAAGUCUUUUAAUGAGGGAAUGGCUAGUGAUUGA